AUGGUCUUGGAUCCCUCACCUGGCAGAAGCUGCUUUGCCCUGGCCAUUCUGCUGGCAAUUGUGGAGAACAAGCUUGGACGAAUGCACAUCCUCAGCUCAACUUCCCAGGAGGGAAAGCAACUGUGUAUUAAAGAAGAGGCUGAGGCGGGUAUGGUGUUUUUGUGCAAGGACAAGUCUUGAUGAGACUGUUCCCCUGAGACUAGCUUGGAGCAACUGAGACUUAAAUAGGAUCCUGGGAAAGAUGGUAUCAGUGAAAUAUCAUCUCAGUUGGUGUUCACCAUAAACCAAGCCACGGCAUUGGACAGUGAGACCUACCAGUGGUGUGCCAGAAGCCAGAAGCUGGAUAUCUGCCUUCAGGGCCAUUAUUUCUCUAGAGUGAACUACACAGUAAUGGGGCUGAAACGACACCCCAAGUUUGGCCACAGUAAAGGUGCUCUCAGUUCAGGCUUCCUGCAAGAAAAGGUCUGGAUGAUGCUGGUCACCAGCCUGGUGGCCCUUCAAGGUAUGUUCUGAAGAGCUUUUAGCACCCCAAGAAAUGAGGGUGCUAUACCUUUAACAUCUUGA